AUGGCUUGGUCGCCGACGACUGUUCCCAUCCUGCAGGAGGAGGACUCGCCGGUGCCGCUGACGCCGGACCAGGGGUCGUGGAUUGUGUCCAUCAACUCGCUCACUAGCUUGGUGGCUGUCCUUACCACUGCCUAUGUGGCUGAUGUCUUCGGGCGGAAGACGCUGAUACUGGCGGGUGCCGUGCCAGCACUCAUUUGGUGGCUGAUGGUCGCCUUUGCCAACUCCUAUGAAAUGUUGAUCACCGCCAGGGCCAUUGGGAGUUUAACUGGCGGUUUCAUCGGUGGCUCUACCACCAUGUUUGUGUGUGAGAUAGCUGAUAUCAAGAUAAGGGGGACGCUCAUGGCGUUUCACAAUAUCUGCAUGCACUGUGGAAGUCUGCUCAUGUACUGUAUCGUGCCCUAUCUGCCCAUAUCCACUGUUGCCUUCAGCUGCAUAUCUGUUCCCAUUAUAUUUUUGCUCACGUUCAUAUGGAUGCCGAAGACUCCGUAUUUUUAUCUCCUACGGGGCAGAGAAUCGGAAGCUGUGAAGUCUCUUGUCAGGUACAAAGGCGAGCUGACACCAGAGGAACUCCAGUUCGAGCUAGAAACGAUGUACAAAGCUAUCCGCCAGAAGCAAGAAACCAAAGGGAAGUGGAAAGACGUAUUUCUCGUGCCAGUUUACCGGAGAACGUUGCUUUUAAUGCUUGGAUACGGACUGAUCCAUACAUCAAUGGGAUCUAUAGCGUUUGCUAACUACACGACCUACAUAUUUCAGAAGAGUGGAAGUGAAAUAGAUGCAAAUGUGUCAUCGAUCAUAGUGACUGCUGUUUCUUUAGUUGCAAGUCUAGCGUCGUCAUUUGUCAUCGAGAGGGUCGGCCGGCGACCUCUAGCUGUAGGCACAGCACUAGUAAUGGGCGUCUGCCUUGCCAUAAUGGGUGGAUACUUUUAUGCUGACGCCGUCCAGGGCGACGUGAAUUCCGUCUUCGACUGGGUACCACUCACUUGCUUCAUCUGUUACAAUCUAUGCAGCAGUGGUGCGUCAGCGCCAAUUGGAUCCCUGCUCACAGGAGAGGUGUUCCACGUGUCCGUUAAGGCCAUUUGCCUGACGUUAUACAGCACAACAAUAGCUCUCUAUGGCUUUGUCCUGAAGAAGCUGUUCCAAGUGGUGUCGGACGGCCUGGGCGCUUACUACUCUUUCUGGGCGUUCUCUUUCAUGUGCUUUGUCUGUGCAGUGUACAUGUACAAGCUGCUGCCCGAAACAAGAGGAAAGACCUUUGCAGAGAUCAACGACGACAUGGAAAACAUCACUGUCGGACAUGCUGACUGUGACAAUAAAGAUUCAACGAAGACAGAUUCAACGUCCAUUACGUCAGCUGUGCCCAAAAAGAUAGCAAAUCAGGCUCCAGAGAGGGGUGGUGCCGAGACGUUCGCGGCAGUGGAGCUGCCACGUAGUGGGCCGCAGAGCGAUGGGACGGGCUUGUGA